AUGGAGAAGGCAGCGGUUGAGGAUCAGGGGCUCUUGAUCCCACUCAUUGACUUCUCCAAAUUCCUUGAAGGAGACGAGGCGCAGAAAAAGGAGACUGCAGAUGCUAUCCUCCGUGGAUUUCAGACUGCCGGCUUCAUCUAUCUGAAGAACAUCCCGGUCACACCCGAGACGCGGAAGCAUGUCUUCGACACAUCAGCCAAGCUAUUCAGGUUGCCACUAGAGACCAAGUUGGCGCAUGGCUGGACCACGCCUGAAGCCAACAGAGGAUACUCAGCUCCCGGACGGGAGAAGGUGACGCAGCUCAAGGAUCUCGCCGACGUCGCGAAGCUCAAGGAGGGCAACCCAGAUAUCAAGGAGAGCUUCGAAAUUGGUCGUGAGGGUGAGCCAGAUCACCCAAACCAAUGGCCACCGGAGGAAGGUGAAAUGGUCGGGUUCAAGUCAACAAUGCUGGACUUCCACGAUCAGUGCAAGGCCCUCCAUGUAGAGGUUAUGCGUGCCAUUGCCGUUGGCAUGAACCUAGACGCCGGAUUCUUCGACGACUUCGUCGAUGUUGGCGAUAACACGCUUCGAUUGCUGCACUAUCCGGCGGUGAAUAAGGAGAUAUUUAAAAUAAACCCGGGCCAAGACUCCGCAGGCGGCCUCCAGGUGAAGAGCCCCAACGGCAAGUUUGUCGAUGCCACUCCCAUUGAGAACACAUGCGUGGUCAACGCUGGUGACCUCCUGGCUAGAUGGAGCAAUGAUACUAUCAAGAGCACUAUCCACCGUGUUGUUGAGCCACCUCAUAAGGACUCCGAUGUAUACCCGGCGAGAUAUAGCAUCGCUUAUUUCUGCAACCCCAACUUUAAGAGCCAUAUCGAGGCGAUUCCUGGCACAUUUGCAACCGAAACCGAGAAGAAGUACGAUGGCAUCAACAGCGGACAAUACCUGGUGCAAAGACUUGCAGCAACUUAUUGA